AUGGCGCACCAGUCGUCUCAGAGGAACGCUUGGCUGAACACUUGCCGGACCAGGGAAAGGCGGGAGGGAGGAAAAACGGGAGUUGUCGCAGAGCAAGAGAAGGAGAUGGGGGUGCAGUCAGCUGAAUGGGGGCAACUGGGCGGGGACGGGCGUAUUAAAGCUCUUUUCAUGCUUGUACGGGGCGGAGUGGAGGUGACCACGCACGAGAGCGUCGAGGUCUACUUGGGCGACUCGGCUGAGAUCCAAUGCCGGUUCAACUUCACCGAAGCCAGUGCUAUUCGCAAUUUUUUCGUCCAGUGGUUUGUGAAAGACAAAGACAGCGGUUCACGGUCUCGCAUCUAUUACGGCAAAUACAACACAGUUGACAUCGCGGUGGACGACGACACGGAGUACAGCGGUCGGAUUAAUGUGACUUUGGAUCAGCACAGGACUCAGCUCACCCUUCAGGAAGUGCAGCUCUCUGACGAGCGGGAGUUCAUCUGCCAAGUAAAUGGCGUGUCUGCCGGCGCCGAGGAGAGCAAGACUCACCUCAGAGUGUUUGCUCCCCCAGACGCGCCAGUCAUCAAGAGUGUCCAAUCAGGAAUUUCCAUUACCAAUGAGAUGCCGUCUAAGGUGGCCACGUGUGAGGCACGGAAUGGUUUUCCCAAAGCCAACAUCACAUGGUACAGGAACAACAUGCCUCUGGUGCCUUCAGCAGGACGUGUGAAUGUGUGGACCGGCGACACAGUAGAACCCAACGCCUUGUACUCAGUGCAGAGUACCCUGGAGUACCUGGUGGUAAAAGAGGACCAGAAUGCCAACUUCUCCUGCGAAGUCAGCUUCUUCGUGCCCGGCGCCAUCCGGACUGCGGAGUCCAGCAGCGUUGGCAUCACCGUUUACUACCCGACCACCAUGGUGGAGGUGUGGAGAGAGUCGCCUAAGGGACUGGUCAAAGAGGGGGAUACUGUGGAACUCCGUUGCCAGGGUGACGGCAACCCCCCACCGAGCUUCAUCUUCAGCAAAAUUGAAGACUCGGUGAGCGUGGACUUGGAGAGCCGCAGCAACGUGUUGAUGCUGCAGUCGGUGACGCGCCGAGACGGUGGCGUCUACAGGUGUCGACUCCGGGAUGACGACAUACAGAAAGGAGAUAUGGAGCUCUCAGUGAAGUACCUGGACCCAGCUGUGGUGGUACCCAAAGAAUCAGAGGUCAUGUUGAAAGGCGAAGAUUUGAUCGCGUCAUGCAACGCUCUGUCCAACCUUGCAACAUCCACCGUCUGGUACAAGGAUGGAAGAAUGGUGGGUAGAGGGAACACGCUGCACCUGCAGGACGCGACCUACGAAACGGCGGGAGAGUACUUGUGCGAGGUGACCGUUCCCGAACUGCCCAGCCUGCACACAAGUGGCUCCGUCCACAUCAUCGUCCACGGUGGUCCUCAGCUGGUGGGCGACGAGCAGGAGGUGCAUCUGGAGGAGGCCGUGGGCAGGUCAGUCAACCUGAGCUGCGAGGCACGCGGCCACCCGGCGCCCAGCAUCACGUGGAUCUUCGUCGGUAGCCAGAGCUGGCACGAGGUUUUUAGCAAGUCGAGCGAGCACGUGACCCGCAGCGUGGUGUCGGUGGCCGUCAACUCGGACAUCAGCGCCGUGUGCAACACCUCCAAUGACUUCGGAAUUGACGUCAAAGCCUUCAGCAUCAAAGCCAUUCCCCUGGUCACCUCCAGCGCCCCCUUCUCUCCCGCAGAGGGCAGCGGCGUGAUCAUCGUGGUGAUCAUCCUAAGUCUACUGCUGCUCGCCAUCCUGGGCAGCGUGCUCUACUUCCUGCACAAGAAGGGCAAAAUUCCAUGCGGACGCUCGGGAAAGCAGGCUAUCUCCAAAGAGAAGACGGCCAAAGACGACAUCGUGGUGGAGAUGAAGAACAACGGCAAUGGCAAGAGCGAGGACGCCGUGCUGCUCAAGGCCGUCAACGGAGACAAAAAUGGCACAAGUGAGCAGUCUGAAGACGACCAAUGCGAGAAAGCUGGUUCUCCCUCAGAGUUCAUGGUUCUUCCAGCAGGACAAUGA